GGGAGGGGAGGGAGAGCCGCUUGAGCUGGGUCUUGGAGCAUCCUCUACUACUACCUCUGGCUACGGCCGCCGGGCCUCGGGGCCGCCAGGAAUCCAGACUUCGUGCCCGCCGCCCGGCCCUGGGGGGAACUCCGCGCGCGCGAGCCCGGGGCCGACCACCUCCCCAGAUGUGCCCGGACUCGGCCGCCGGGCGCCCUCGGGCCCGCGGGAAGCCCAAUAUCUGCAGCCAGCUGAGCAGGAGGGCCCAGGGCUUUUUCACGAAUGAUGCUGGGAUGGUUCAGAGGACAAACCUGGGGAUCCUGAGGAAGCUGGUGUGCCAGAAAAGCACUAAAUUCAAGAAUGUUUGGACAACUCAUUCUAAAUCACCUAUUGCCUAUGAGAGAGGAAGAAUAUAUUUUGACAAUUACCGGUGCUGUGUCAGCAGUGUUGCAGCAGAGCCAAGAAAGCGUUAUGAGAUGCCGAAGUGUUCUAAAUCAGAAAAAAUAGAGGACGCUUUAUUGUGGGAAUGCCCCGUGGGGGACAUACUGCCCAGUCCAUCAGAUUACAGAUCUUCCCUCAUAGCCCUGACUGCUCAUAACUGGCUACUUCGUAUAUCUGCUAAUAAUGGAGAAGUACUGGAGAAAGUCUAUCUUGCUUCUUAUUGCAAAUUCAGAUACUUGAACUGGGACACUCCCCAAGAGGUCAUUGUUGUCAAGUCAGCUCAGAGCAAAGCCACUGCUCUGGCACGCCAGGCAGGCAUUCAACCGUCUGUGCUGUUGUACUUUGCUGUAUUUCGAGUCAUACCUCUUUCACUUAUAGGAAUGCUGGAGAUCAAUAAGAAAAUUUUUGGGAGUGGUGUCACGGAUGCCACGAUUUCUCAUGGAAUGUUGAUUGUAAUGCAUAACUCAGGACUGAUAAGACUCUAUAGCUUCCAAGCCAUCACUGAACAGUUCAUGCAGCAGAAACUUGACCUGGGGCGAGCAUGCAGAUGGGGUGGGACAUCUGGAACUGUAGGAGAGUCACCUUUUGGCAUUCCUUGUAAUAUUAAAAUCACAGAUACUCCUCCGCUGCUCUUUGAAGUGUCUUCCCUGGAGAACACAUUUCAGAUUGGAGGCUAUCCUUGGCACUACAUCAUCACCCCUAACAAGAAGAAACAGAAAGGCGUCUUCCAUAUUUGUGCACUCAAAGAUCAUUCCUUGGCAAAAAAUGGGAUCCAAGAAAUGAACUGUUGUUCACUAGAAUCUGACUGGAUAUAUUUCCAUCCCGAUGCCUCUGGGAGAAUAAUUCAUGUGGGUCCAAAUCAGGUCAAAAUCUUGAAACUAAAAGAAAUAGAAAAUAAUGAGACCCAGCAUCAGGUCGCUGAAGAUUUUGUCAUUGUGGCUGACAGGGAGGAAAAAACCAAAAACUUGUUAACUGUUACAGCUUCUGGACGAGUGGUGAAAAAACGCUUUAAUCUGUUGGAUGAUGACCCAGAACAAGAGACUUUCAAAAUUGUGGACUAUGAAGAUGAGUUGGAUUUGCUCUCUGUGGUGGCAGUUACUCAGCUGGAUGCUGAGGGGAAAGCUCACCUGGAUUUCCACUGUAAUGAACAUGGGACAUUACUCAAGAGCAUUCCAUUAGUGGAGUCAUGGGACGUGACAUACAGCCAUGAAGUUUACUUUGACAGAGACUUAGUUUUGCACAUAGAACAGAAACCCAACAGAGUCUUCAGCUGCUAUGUUUACCAGAUGGUAUGUGAUGCUGUGGAAGAAGAUGAAAACAUGAGCAGUUGUUAAAAAAAGGACAAAAAGAAGAAAAAGAUUAUGAUAAUAAUGGUGAUGAUGGUAAUGAUGAAGAUGGGGUAAGAAAUGGAGAACAACUUUACUCUUUGAGUUGCUGCUCCUGAAACUUUUGACAAAGCACUGAGCUGUGGUUAAGCCCAGACUUGGGCUAAAGUUCUAGCUGACUUUCUUGCGUUAUGAGCCCAGUUUUUAUUCUUUCCUUGGUGGCAACUAGAGGAAAGAAUAUCUAUAGCAGGAAGAAAUGCUGUAUCCCUCCAUGCUCUCAUACAUGCCACUUACCAUCCCAACAUCUCUUAUACCACUACAUCGCCCCAGUGGAUCCUAAAAGAGGCACAGCUUGGAACAGAGCAGGAAGAACCCAGCAGUCAGAUGUAGGCUGGGUUUUUGCCAGUCACAGAGUUAAAUCCUUACUGCUUUUCUGAAAAGAUCUUGUAAAGAAAGCAUAACAGAGCUCUCAAUGACAUAGAAAUUAUGUUUUCCAACCUCUCUUCUGCUCCCUGCCCCCGUUCCUUCUCCCCCCAGUAAUAAGUAAAAUAUAGAAAUGAUAGAGGAUACCUCUUCUAACCUCUGUGCCCUGAGAUGGGGUGAUAGCUAUGGGUAAAGACUUAUUUUUGAGCCAAAAAUGCCUGUUAAUCAGGAUUUUUUUUAAGUUUUACAUUUGUCUUAUAGGAGCUGUAUUUGUAUACAUUAUCAAGAUUAGGUGCUAGUUCCCUUACACACUCUUUGUAGUGUUUUGUUUCCCACAGGGUGCUGGUUUUUUGUAUCAUAGACUGAUCUGACAAGUUUUGUUAUAAAUCUGGAUUUGGAGAAAUAGAAUGUCUUUGUUUCUGAUCAUACAACCAAGUUUAAUCUUGAUGAAUACAUUAUAAAAUGUUGUUGUCACAGAUGGAAUGGUUGGACUUGGGCUCUCCCCACAUUUGCAGGAUCAUCCUCUGCCCUCAUUUUAUCAGAAUCCUUUUGUAAACAACUGCUUCAUACUGAUGCAGUUGAUUGGAUAUGCCCUUCAUACUGGCAACUCUUUCUACUUCAGAUGUUAUAUAUGAAAGUCCAGGAAGUAUCACGACUGAUCUGGGUAAGUUCCUUAAUAGCUGGAGAGAAUGAGCCUUCUGCCAAGUUUCUAGGUAGAGAUAGUAGAGCAUUCAUCCUUCUUUGUCACAGCACAUCUAAAUCAGGUCCUUGGAGGUCACUGAAGACUCCUUUUUUUUGUUCAAGAUGGGGAAUUAAAGGUAACUAGGCAAAGGAAAGAGUUUUGUGUGGUUCCUGUUUCAGAGAUCCAAUUGCUUGCUUAUCCGCACGUUCAACACAUUUCCCUAGCUCAGCUUCAAAGAGUAAUGUUGGCAAAUACAGAGGGGAAGGAAAUAGCCGGGAGAAUCAUAAGCAUAUCCAAAUACAGGAGGGUUUUAAUAUGAGAGUUCAGCUUUGGUCACUUAAAUGAAUAUCUUUAACAUUCUUCUUGUCCAGAUUUAUCCUAUUCCCAUAUGAUGAGAGACAUCAGUCUUACCUUUGGAUUCUGCCUUUAGAAAUUUGAAAAUAAAAAUCCAAACCAACAAACAUCUUUAGGGCUAAGGAAAGGCAGGUGUCAAAUACCGUCAGCUCAGUGGGGUAGGCAAUAGAACUGGAAGAUUAAAAAACCCAAAGCCAACUCCCAGUGUAACUUUAAUAGAAAAUGAAGUAAUCGUCUGGCCUGUUUUGAAAUUAGGAACAAGAAGAACAAAGUGAAAAAAAAUAUUUUUGGCCCUAUGUAUUGUUGUGAUACGUAACUCUCCGAAAUAGUAUGAGUGAUUGUCUCCUGUGUAAAUCUUGCUUAACCAGUAAAAAUUUAUGCAUAUUAUUGAAUUGUUAUAUUCUCCUGUAUCUGUUAAUUGAAGAAACCAUUCUUCACAAAGUAUGAUAUAUAAUAACAUUUAAUAUAAUGGCUUCUGAGGAACUCAGAACACUUUAUAGACAUACUUUUGUUGAUAGCAGUAGGUCAAGAUUAUGAUUAUUAUGAAACAGUGAUGUGUCUACUGUCUGCUUGGUGCUAUCCCAAAUGCAAUUAAAUGCAAACCAUAUCUAGGCACAGACCAACCCAAUGAUUUUAUAAACAAAAAGUGCAACAGGAAUGAACAGGGUGAGAAUAUCUCCAAGGGGAAGGCAAGUGCCAGAUGCCAGGGAAAAAGAGACUAGAAUUUUGAACACCUCAAAUCAUUUUCAGGAACAAAACUUUGACUGUGAUCAUAAUCCUUUCCCCAAGAGUGUUUCAGGGAAGCAUAACAUUGAACCACAGAUGGAUCUCUGUAGGCUUCAAAAUCUUUAUUGAAAUUAAAUCAAGUCAACAAGCAUUUAUUUAUUUAUUAAGACCUACUGUGUGUCAGGCACUGUGCCAAAUGCUAGGGAUACAAAGAAAGACCAAAACCUCCUUCAAAAAACAGUGCCUGUUCUCAAAGUCCUCACAGUCAAGUCUUUCCCUCAGCCAAGUUUAAUUAAGUUUGUUUUGCAAAGAGUAUUUUUGGAAGAUUUUGUGUGGACUUGUUUUGAAAAAGAUUGAGUCAUUAAUCUAAAGAACAGAAUUAUUGAGCUGAAAAAAGACCAUAAGAAGCCACUUAAUAACCAUUCCCUCAUCUUUCUGAGGAGAUAUUUUUCUUGACUUCUUCACUUCAGUGUGCAACACACCUCACCAAAAGUGAAUUCUUUAUAGCUAAACUGAGUACUUUAUAUAAUAGCUCACACCUAUUUACUCUUGUUCUCUCCUAAAAUUGUAAAUCUAAGCCAAUCUGGGUAAGCUAAUGCUAAGGCAAAUGGAUACUUUACCAGUCUAGGGUGAAAAUAGUGCCGACUCUGGAAACAGAAAUCCAGGGUUCAGAUCCAGCCUGUGACACUACUACAAGUGUGACUUUGGGCAAGUCAUUUAAUCUCCUUGGUCCUCAGUUUCCUCUUCUGUGAAAUGAGAGGACUGGACUAGAUGGCCUCUGAAGUCUUUUCCAGCUCUAGAUCUAUGAUACUGUGAUACACAUAUAUGUAUGCACAUACAUGUAUGUAUGUAUGUAUAGCAAUUUUUGCAGUAGUGGUACAAACAAAACCACAUUUUAAUGAAUAUUAUCAUAAUCUGUUGCAGAUAUAAUAAAUUCUAUUGAUUAAAGAAGCCCAUGUGCAGAUAUAUUAAAGAGUCCCUAUCCAUUUAGCCAAUCUGUUUAAUGAAAAUGUUGUCUGUGGUGUUGUAUUUAUAUAGUUAUUGUAUUUGAAGACCUAAAGGGUGUUAAAUGGUUUUAAUAAAAUUUUAUAUGUUUUU